ACCCGGAGCAACUUGCCUCGGACCCUCUGUGAGGAGAGGCGGCGGCUUGCGCCGGGGCCGGGUUAGAGCCGGGUGAGGCGUACGGGCGCCCGGCGCUAUGCCUCCAGCCGGCGGCCCCCGCGCGCCGCGCCCCACCGCGCUGCCCCAUAGCCUGUCCCGCCUGCGCGAGUGCCCCGGCCGUUCCCGCAUCGUGUUGGCGCUCGGGGCCACGCAGAUGGCGCUCGGAUGCCUCAUCGUGGCUGUCAGCUUCGCCGCGUUGGCGCUCACUACCUCCGCCCGCGUCCGCCACUCCUGCCCCUUCUGGGCUGGCUUCUCGGUGCUGCUGUCGGGACUCAUUGGCGUUGUCUCCUGGAAGAGGCCUCUCUCCCUUGUGAUAACCUUUUUCAUGCUGCUUUCUGCAGUGUGUGUAAUGUUGAAUUUGGCUGGUUCAAUCCUUUCCUGUCAGAAUGCUCAGCUAGUCAACUCCCUGGAAGGCUGCCAGUUGAUCAAGUUUGACAGUGUGGAGGUGUGUGUCUGCUGUGAGCUGCAGCACCAGUCAUCUGGCUGCAGCAACCUCGGGGAGACGCUGAAGCUGAACCCGCUGCAGGAGAACUGCAACGCCGUGAGGCUGACCUUGAAGGAUCUCCUCUUCAGUGUGUGUGCCCUCAAUGUCCUCUCCACCAUCGUGUGUGCAUUGGCCACAGCCAUGUGCUGCAUGCAGAUGGUCUCCUCUGACGUCCUACAGAUGUUCUUUCCACAAAGGUCGCAUUCUGCCAACCCUGCCUGUGUGACUCCCCAUGGCACAGUUCUCCAUCAGACGCUGGAUUUCGACGAGUUCAUCCCCCCACUUCCACCUCCACCCUACUACCCUCCUGAGUACACCUGUACACCCUCAGUCGAGGUCCAGAGGGGCCUCCACCUGGACUUUGCUUCCUCUCCAUUCAGUGCUUUAUAUGAUGUUGCCAUCAACAGCCCUGGCAUGCUGUACCCUGCUGAGCUCCCCCCACCAUACGAGGCCGUGGUGGGCCAGACUCCUGCCAGCCAGGUUACAAGCAUUGAUCACCAGGUGGCGGAGUCCAGCUCUGGGGACCCGAACACCACUGCUGGCUUCAGUACACCAGUGCCAGCUAGCAGCGCCAGCCUGCCAACAUCAGAGGGAGCAACCUCACUGGGUCCGAGCCACCCAUCCCCCGAUGACACUGCAGGCACCUCACCACCUCUGCCACCUACCCCAGGGCCUCACCACAUGUCUCUGGAGGCUACAGGUGUGAGCAUGCAGGCACAGCCAAGUCCCGGGCGUGUGGCCCGCUCUGCCAGUGACCCUACGUCCUGUGCAUCCAGUGAGGCAGAUGCCUCUUCACACUCUGCCUCGUGCAGCCAGGACCUUGAAACAAGACUGUCUCGGGCUGCUCUGGGGACAGUUUCCACAUCUCGCUCAGUCAUGGCUACCUAUCAGCACCAGCUCUCACCCUCCAGGGAUCCAGGGACCUGGAAAACUGACCAACAGACAAAGCCAGAGACCUUACAGAUGGUCUCAAAAGUACGGCCACACUCUUUAGUGGACAGCAAGGCCUAUGCAGACACCAGGGUUUUGGUGGCUAAGUUUUUGGAACACUCACACUGUGCCCUCCCUCCAGAGGUGCGGCAUGUGGUGGGCACCAUCCGCUCCACAGUGACCUCUGAGGAGCCCCCGGUGGAGGAGGCCGUCUUCGGUGCUGGAGUCCUGGACCAGCUGUGAAGCAACCAGAAGUCAGGAGGCGGACACUGAUGGGCCUGGCAUCAAGCACAGCCUUUUCUUGCCAGAGAUACCAUACUUGACUGAGAGGGGCCUUCAGCCCAGCUUGGGAGAGGACAAGUUGAGAACACCCAGGAGUAUUGGGGUGCUCUAAGUGGCAACUGUUAUUCUGUCUCUCGAGGUGGCUCUGAUCUAGGGUCUUCUUGGGAACUGCAUUUGCUACCUAUUCCAGGACUUUGGAAUGAUGAUUCUCAUGUCCUUAGUUUCAUCAGGCAUGUAACACCUGACCAGCAUUACAUGAAUGCCAAUACAGUGAAAGGUGACCCUCAUGUCACUUAGAGACACUACAUAUCCUCCAAGUCAGGGCCAUGAAAGCAGGAUUCUCCUCCAUCCCCAACACGGUUUAGUAUUAAGUGGAUAGAGGAUGUUGUCAAAUAAUGGGACAAUUUUCCCAUGUGGUCUGUAUCUCUCUUUAAUGAAACUUUUAUCCUAUUAUGACCUGUUAUUUCCUUUUAAAGGAAAUAAGUAACUUCAGCAGAGAUGGUACCCUGAGCCCAACUCUUUGCUCACAGGGCUACAGAGCUAUUGUGCAAACAAAUACAUAGUGACAGGGUUAACGGUGGCCCUGCCACCCCUGGGAAGUAGGAAGGUAUUGCAAAGGCUUUAAGGAACCCACCAUCUGCUUGUCUUCUGGGCCUCUCAGCUAGGCCUCUGCCUGUGGGCUGCCAUCCCUACUUUCUCCCUUGGCUCUCCAUGGUCUCCUGUCCUUAAACCAGAGAAGACAAAUAACAGUAAUCACCUUCCCCUUGUAUCUAAGCUCACCUGACUGACCCGGAUGGGGCACAGGGGCCCUUUCUCAUAUGUGUAUACCUCCUGCUAGGGCAGGACUCUCAUGACCCAGAGCUGUCCCUCCCCCAGCCAGGUGGCAGCAGGCACAUCUGCAUUAGAGAAUAUGCAUUGUGAAUCACUUAUUUCCAUGAGAGCUCCCACUGUGCUGUUCAUGCAGAAGCAGGCAAGCCCAGCUUGGGUCCAGCUCAAUUGCCUUGGCCAAUUUGGGCACCUUUGACUUUUUUGCCCCACUCCUGCCACUUGUUUUCUGACAUUAGCUGCAGUCACUUCCCAGCAAUGGCCCUACAGCAACACUAUCACAAGAACUUUCUGUUGCGCAGAAAACACCUGGACCUGGACCAUACAAAACAGUAGUCAUUAGCACAUAGGGUUGUGGAGUCCCCCCCAGCUGUGGCCAGUGGUCCCUGCUUUGGACAAAAACCUUACCUCUGUGCAGGAGAUGCAGGGGAUGGGCCAGAGAGCACCUACCACUGCUCAGUGUCUGGCUAGGGAGCUUGUGAAGCUCCUCCUAUUCUCCAUGGCCUGUGCCUGUCCUUGGACCCCCCUCAACAUCUCUCAUUCCUUGCCCCCCACCCCUUAGUCCCUAACCCUCCAAUCCAGUGUGCUGGGGGCACUUCUUUGUGUUUGGAAGUAGAGCAGUGGGUAGAUGGAGGGGGGGUCUAGCUCAAGUAUGGUAUAGGAACCCCCCAGCCAGGGUCAGCUACUGAUGGCUUGACUGCUUUACCAAUGUCCUUGGUUGCUGCCUCCCUGAAGUUACAGAGCUCAAAAUACAUAAAUCAGGCCUUUUGACGCAAUCUUCCUUUUCCACAAGAGACAUACUAGAGAUGAAUUUAUGAGCACUUUAUUCAGACUAUGAAAUGGGAAAUCUCUAAUUUCUCUCAAGUGAGGACUUUUGAAGUCCUCAAAAGCAAGUCCCUUUGCAGGUAAAGUUAAUUGAUGGUUUUUCAGAAUGGCUUCCCCUGAGCCCAUGGGCAAAGUGAAGUAUUUACAUCCUGAUGUCUUAGCCCAGGAAUAACAGUAUUUUCAUUGUCCCUGAAGUGAGCCAGAGUACAGCCAGCUGCAGGGGGACUACCUGUUUGCAGGGCAGACAGUAGGGAAUUGAGGGUCUACAUAGCAGUGUCCCUGAGCCAUGCCACUGGCUGGGAUAAACCAUGCAGACCUCAGACCUGGCUACUGUCUGACUGAGGUCCAGGCCACGUCCCACAACACUGACUUAAGCCCCAGAGUAUUUUUAUAGCAUAGCCAAGGGACAAAUCACCCUGGUGCUCUGUGUCCUUCACUUUGCCUCUCUGCAGCAGGGCCUUGUCAUCUGUCAUUUGGGGCUCCUGCCUCAGGUGGUGUCUCCCCUCAUGUAUAGGCUGACGCUGCCGCCCUAAAACCUUCAGUCCCAGACAUUGUCCAGAAAAUGCCACCUACACACCCACUCAUGCUUAGUUCUGUAUUUGCUGUCACAGAACUCUAAUCUUGUGGAUGAAGAAACUGUAUCCAACUGGAUGCCACUUUGGCCUCAUGGAAAGAUUGUUAGAGGUGAUGGACCCUCCUUGGCCCAUCCUCUCUGGACUAGGUUGACCCACAUGAGCACUGGGAAAGCCAGAGCUCCAGGCUUCCAGGAACGAUCCCCAGAAGGCACAGGGGCUGGUAAGAGCCACUUGAGAAUGGCUGGCAACUUCAGCUCUGGGCCCAUUGACCCCGACUCAGCAACAUUCUGGUGUUAGGAGUUCCAGCAGCAGGACCCCAAGCCUCCAGGCAGCCUGUGGGCUCCCAGCCAACAGAAGAGCUGGUUUCCUGCCCCCUGCUGUGCAUCCUUCCCUCCUGGAAGCUUAUCCUCUCCUGUUUCCUGUUUUGGUAUCUGGAACAGGCCUGAAUGGCUGUUUAAGAGGUUACUUUCCCCACUCCAGUAUGGCCGGAUCCUAGGCAGGAACCCAAAGGAGACUGGCAGCUACUAGAACACAACCUUUAAUCCUGGCCUGCGGGUGUGAGGAUUACGAGGCAGGCAAACUUUGGACCCCAACUCUAUGGCUAACAAGGGGGGGGCAUCAGUCCCAAGGACUCAAGGUCUCCUUCAGCUGGAGAUAACUACACAAAUUAAACACUUACAGUGAACCAUGAUGUAAUAGAAAGCUUAUUUCAGAUGGAUGUUCCUUUUCUUCCCACUCUGCUGUAUCAACUCACAGACGCUGCUAAGGCAGAAUUUAUAGAAAAUUGUUUUCAAGCCACCAGAGACCUGUUUGUACAACUCAAAAGGUUGUAUUUAUUUAAUGUACCUCAAGGUGUUUUAAUAAUGACCCGUGUUUUAAUAAAAAGUAUU